CAAUUGUCAAAAAUAACGCGUGGAUUGACCUAUAAAAAGUUUGGCCUGUACUUUUAAUAGUAGUACUGUGGCCAAUUGUGAAUUGGAUGCAGAUAACGAGAGCAUUAUAUUUCGUUAAAUGUACCUAACGCUUGAUGAUAAAAAAUGGCUAGCAAUCAUUUCAAUUUUUUGCUUAAUGGCAAUCAUAGAAGGAAUAGUACCUGCAAUCCAUCUGAAAACAAAAGAUCAAACUUUAAACCUUCAGCAGCACCAAAUGUUUGUUUACCUGACUAUGAAAUUCCCAAAGAUUUGAGAGCAGUUUAUAUGGCAGAUGGAAAACCUCUUGUUCAAAUUACUCCUCAAGGUUUAGCAUAUAUGAAACUAAUUCAAAAAUUAAAAAAUCAUGCCAACUUAAAAGUUGAUGAAAAAAGUAUAUUAAAAAUUAUGAAAGUUUUAUUAUAUAUUGAGGAAAUUCAGCAAGAAAUAGAAAUGAAACAAUAUGAUAGAAAAAAUAUACCUCUGGAAAUGUUCCAUCAACACAAUGAUAUUUAUUACAGAAUUUAUAUAAGUGAUUUAGCAGAAGAAAGACCUUCUGUAAGACCAGGUGAUUUUGUCACUAUUUGUAAUGAGAAGAAAAACAAUUUUAAAUUUUGUGUGUUAUACGUAAGAAGUGAUCAUAUUGUUAUCAGAGAUAAUAAGGGUUUUUUUCAAGUUUAUAAAAAAGAAGAAAAGUACACUGUCAAGUUUCAUUAUUUCAACUAUACGGAUCGAUGUUGUCAUUACGCUUUGUUAUUAACUGAAUCAUUUGGAUUGACUUCGAUUUUGUUUCCUGUGAAAAGAAGUAUAAUUUCUAAACAGAAUAACAUUGAAUUUUGCUUCAAUGAAAAUAUAUUAAAUAAUCCGGAGCAGAAGCAAGCAAUUUUGAAUAUUUGUGAAAAAUCUUGUGCGCCAGCUCCCUAUAUUUUAUGGGGACCUCCAGGAACUGGCAAGACUUCAACUUUGGUUGAAGCCAUUUGUCAGAUAUGCAUGUAUAAAGAAGAUAAAAUUCUUGUUUGCACUCCAUCCAACACUGCUGCAGAUGUAAUUACAAAAAGGAUAUUAGAAUAUAUACCAACAUUAGAUAAAGACAUUUAUAGAAUGUAUAGUUUUUCAAAGGAGGGGUCACCAAUUGAUGAUACAAUCAUGGAGUGCUCAAACUCUGUGGAUGGAACUAUACUCAUGUUACCGAAGAAAACAGUUCUUGAGAAAAGAAUAGUCAUUUGUACUUUAUGUGCAGCUACUAGAUUAAUAUUUUUAGGAUUGAAGGAAAAACAUUUUAGUUAUAUUUUCAUAGACGAGGCAGGACAAGCAACUGAACCUGAAACUUUACAGCCAAUUAAUUUGGCAGGUAGUAUGAAAGAAGGAAGAUUUGGCACAUUCCAUAGUCAGUUAAUACUGGCUGGAGAUCCCAAACAAUUAGGUCCUGGAAUAAGGUCAAAGUUAGCUGCACCUAUACUUGGAAAAUCUAUGAUGGAGAGGCUUAUGGAAUCUGAACCGUAUAAGAAAAAUGAACAUAAUCAAUAUAAUCCUCGCUACAUUAGUAAAUUAAUACACAAUUAUAGAAGCCACCCUGCUAUUAUCGAAGUGUCUAACAAAUUGUUUUAUGAUAAUGAAUUGAAGGCUCAUGCUGAUGCUGAAAUAAAAAUUACUGGAAGACUUAAGAAUUUAGUAUCUCCAAAUUUUCCACUUUUAUUUUGUGGUAUAGAUGGAAAGGAAAUAAGAGAUAAUAAAACUCCCAGUCUCUAUAAUAAACCUGAAAUUAAGGCAGUAAUUGAUUAUGUAAAGAUUGUUAUGGAACAAUCAUUUCAAAAUAAGAAAAUGACUGAAGCUGAUAUUGGAAUUGUUACUCCUUUUACUGCCCAGCGUAUGAUGAUAAACCAAGCUUUAAGCUCCUGUGGUUUCAAUAAAAUUAAUGUAGGGACUGUUGAGUUGUUUCAAGGUGAAGAAAGAAAUGUUAUAAUUGUUUCAACUGUAAGAAGCCAAUCGUUUUUUCAUGACAAUAAGCACCAUCUUGGAUUCUUGUCACAUCCAAAAAGAUUCAAUGUGGCAAUUACAAGAGCUAAGUGUCUUUUAAUAGUUAUUGGAAAUCCUAAUGUUUUGCAAAUGGACGAAUAUUGGUAUCAUUUUAUUGAUUAUUGUAUGACCAAUGGUGCAUAUGUUGGGAUUCCAUUUUUCAAAAAAAGAGAAAGCCUCACUCAAAAAUUAAGGGAUUUAAAUAUUAACAAAACAGAAGAAAAUGUGCAAUCAAUAUUGAAUGAUGAUUUAGCAAUUAUUAAUUUAGAUGAUGGCAUUAUAGAAGAUUCAAAGCCCACUGCAAACUUGCAGAGACAAAAUAAUUACCCUAGUACUAGUUACUCUCAAAGUAAUUUAAAACCUCAGAGCAUUCUUGCAGAUUAUAUUGUUCCCAAGAUAAAUGAAACACAAAAGAAGUCUAAAAAUGCCAAAAAAAAGACAAAAAAGACAAUAAAAUAAACUGAGAUCGAUCUAUCUGUAUAAAAAUCUUUUAAGCCUGAAGUAUUUUAAACUUCUAUGACUCUAAAAAGUGAAUUCCUUAAUUCAAAAAUUAUUGUGAUACUAAAUAUUU